UGUAGACGGACUGUCUCAGCUCUGAGUCAUGGAAUGCCCCCUCCGUCCGCCACUAGCCGCCUCCUCUCACAGACUGACUUCCAGACGCUGAUUUAGCGACACACUGCUCCCCUCCAACUGAACACAACCAGGAAGGGGACGAAGUCACAGCAGAGCAGAGCUUCGUACGCACAGAGGAAGGGAUUUACAGCUCCACUCCAACGCACCAACAGCUAGCUGUUUUAGCUGAGUUGGGUUAGGUUGGUUGGGUAGGUUGAGUUUGGGUAGGUUUUCCUCUGUCUGUCUUGUUUUCUGUGGAUUUGGGAUUUUUGAUCGAGAGUCAAGAUGGUGGAUUUACAAGAGUACCUGUGGAUGGUGAUCCUGGGCUUCGUCAUUAGCUUCAUCCUGGCCUUCUCUGUGGGGGCCAACGACGUGGCCAACUCGUUCGGGACGGGUGGGUCGGGGGUGGUGACGCUGAAACAGGCCUGUAUCCUGGCGUCAAUUUUAACGUUGGGUUCCAUGCUGCUUGGAGCCAAGGUGGGGGAGACCAUACGGAAAGGCAUCAUAGACGUUACUCACCAACGAAGACGUGCCUGUUCUCAUGGCGGGGAGGUCAGCGCCAUGGUCGGUUCGGCGAUUUGGCAACUCAUCGCCUCGUUCCUCAAACUACCCAUCUCCGGGACGCAUUGCAUCGUGGGUUCGACCAUCGGGUUCUCCAUGGUGGCCAUCGGCACCAAGGGUGUCCAGUGGAUGCAGCUGGUCAAGAUUGGUCGAAUAAAGAAGGAGCGAGCUGCCCUGUCCAGGAUCUCAGAUGAGUCCUUAGGACAGAUCCCUGAGGAGGAAGAGGAGGAGCUUCCCGUGUUCAAGGAGCUACCYGGCGCCAAGGGGACAGACGACGCCGUGCUGCCGUUAACGGGUGGUACCGGAGGAGAGUCACGGAGAGGAGAAUCCACCGGAGAGCUCAACAGCCUGGCCAACGGAGGCACUGUCCUGCCCAAAGGACGCGUCUAUGGACGAACCCACUCCAUGACCAACGGUACCCUGUCCAUGUCCAAGUCCCCGCUGUCCAACGGCAGCUUCACCUUCGGAGGGGAACACYURCGRAGCGACGGUCAAGUGUACCACACGGUCCACAAGGACUCUGGUCUCUACAAAGACCUGCUCCACAAGAUCCACCUGGGACGGCUGGAGGACGACCACUCCGCCCCCACGCCAGACAACAACUACCGCCUGCUGCGUCGCAACAACAGUUACACCUGCUACACGGCCGCCAUCUGUGGCAUGCCGGUCCAGCCGCUGCUCCGCUCCGAGUCCCGCGAGGCCCGAGAGGCACGAGAGGACAGUGAGAAGCUGGUGGGGGAGGGGGAGAGGUCGGGGAGRGUGUCCUACACCAAGAAGAGGGUCCGCUACGAUAGUUAUUCAUCGUACUGUAACGCUGUGGCGGAGGCCGAGAUCGAGGCGGAGGAGGGCGGCGUGGAGAUGAAGCUGGCGUCUGACCUCGGGGGCGAGGAGGKAGGGGCGCCSGGGGCUCCCGUCCCACUGGAUGACUCKGCAGAAGAGGACGAAGGGGAUAAGGACAAACCGACCGUCUACCUGCUCUUCCACUUCCUGCAGAUCCUCACCGCAUGCUUCGGAUCUUUUGCUCACGGAGGCAAUGACGUCAGUAAUGCCAUCGGCCCGUUGGUGGCGCUGUGGAUGAUCUAUGAACAAGGCGGGGUGAUGCAGGACGCUGCCACCCCCAUCUGGUUGCUGUUCUACGGUGGCGUGGGCAUCUGCUGCGGCCUCUGGGUGUGGGGCGCCCGGGUGAUCCAGACCAUGGGCAGCCUCACCCCCAUCACCCCCUCAGGGACUCUGACCCUCCAGGACUCUGACCCUCUAGAAAUCUCUGACCCUCGAUCUCUGACCCCUCAGAUCUCUGACCCUCUAGAUAACUCUACCCUCCAGGGGACUCGUGACCCCCCUCUAGAUCUCUGA